AUGCCUUUAAUAAUGCUCACGGGGUACCCGUGCUCGGGGUUAUCCUACCGCGCCAAACAGCUCGCCGAACUUCUCGAGUCCACCCAGAACAAAGUCUUUGCUGCAAUUGAAAACGACAGCGACAGCACAUCUGCCAACGGAAACCCACGCAAACGAUUCUCCUUCCACAUCGUGCCCUCCCACGACCCCUCGCAUCCUCGGACCGUGUACGAUCACGCGCGUACGGAGAAAGAGGCGCGAGCGGUGGCAUUUGCGCGAGUGAAGCGCGCUCUGGCCAAAGAUGCGUUCGUUAUACUCGAUGGAAUGAAUUAUAUCAAGGGCUAUCGGUACCAGUUGUGGUGUGAGGCAAAAUCAGUGGGCACCACAUGCUGCGUGGUUCAUGUCGGAACGCCCAUUGACAAAUGUGUCGCGAUCAAUAAUGCCCGUUUGCGCCAGCGCGCGACUCAGCAAGACAACGUGCAACUCCCUGAGACGACGGACACGACGGACGAUCUUGCUGCUCCGGAUAAUGAAGAAGCCUACCCCUCCGAACUACACAACAACCUGAUAUUCCGCUACGAAGAACCUACUAUGCACAGUCGCUGGGACAAACCGCUAUUUAUUGUGCCCUGGUCUGACGCUACGCCGCCGGUCGAAGAAAUUUGGACUGCGGCCACAGGCAUACCGGUCGAGAUAGAAGCUCCCAACUCCCUCGCCGCCCUUCUUCAUACCAACCCCGACAAUAAUACCGCACCUCCUCCUCCCUCUGACACAGCCAGCGUGGCAUUCACGACAGCAACAACAAACGGCCGCGGUGGCCGCUUCGGUCGACCCCGAAUCACACCCCAUCUAGCCACGGUGCAGCCGGCCCAAAGCCAGCCCGAUGCGCUCAAUGGCUUUGAGAAACGCACAUCGGCCGUCGUGACCGCAAUCCGCAAUUUCACACAAGCAAAUCCGUCGGCAGAGGCAGCGCUCGCGCAGCAACAGUCUCAGAACCAGACGGCAUAUCACAAGGAAAGCACAUUCGGCAUCACCAUCCCCGUGCCCGAUGCUUCUUCGUCCGUCUUUAUUCCCGCGCAUAUCGCACGCUCGGCGAGUACGGAUGCUCUGGCUGGCGCCGGCGGUAUCCUCGCUCUGCCUCGUCUACAGCGCCUGCGAAGACAGUGGAUUAGUUUGAAUCGCUCGUAUAUAGGCAUGAAUCAUAGCCAGAGCAAGGGUGGGCUGGGCGUCGACCAGGUUGGCGACGCUUUUGUUCGGUUUUUGAACACUGAAUUGGCGGGUGAUGUUGCUUCGUGA